AGUUUGUUAUUUCUCAAUGUAUUUCUAAAUGUGAAUUGAAAGUUUUGUGAGCCGUUCAUCCAUUUUGAACGAAAAAUUCGCUAUAUUCAAUCUGAAACACUGAAACAACAACGUCCGUAUCAAGAAUUAACAAUAUGAAGUUUGAUAGAAUUUCCAUCGAAACAAGCGUCUUCACAGUGUUUUGUAUACAAGCCACGAUCUGCAUAAUUUGUUUCAUCAUAUUUGUUGUUGGAAGAAUUAAAUUACAACGAAUGAAAAUGAAGAAAUAAUUUAUUUUUAAAU